UUAUAGAUAAAGUUAUAUUCAGGUCAUUAUAAAGUUAUUGGUAUCCACACUUGCUACCAACAUAUCAAUCAAUUCUAGAAAAAAAAAAAAAAUGGAUUCAGCAAUUUACUCCGAAGAAGAAGCAAAAGAGCAACUACUAGAGGCUCAAGCACAUAUAUGGAGUCAUGUUUUCUACUUUCAUAAAUCCAUGGCCUUAAAAUGUGCUAUUCAACUUGGCAUUCCAGACACCAUUCAUAAACAUGCCAAACCAAUGACUCUUAAAGAGCUUGCCAAUUCACUUCCUAUUCUCCCUGACAAAUUUACUUCUCUUUCGCGCUUGAUGCGCCUUCUUGUAUCCUCCAAAUUCUUCUGUAUGAAAACUUUAGCCAACGGCGAAGAAGGACUUGCUCUUACAUUGAGCUCCCAACUACUGUUGAAAGAUCACCCUCUUUCGCAAGCUCCCUUUGCCCUUGGAAUGCUUGAUCCACGGCUUAUAAAAUCAUCUCAUCAUUUAAGUAGUUGGUUCAAAAGUGAGGGUAUAUAUCCUUUCCGGAUUGCUCAUGGGAAGAGUAUUUGGGAAUUAGCUGGCCAAGAUGCGGAAUUUAAUGAUUUCUUUAACCAAGCCAUGGAAAGUGAUUCUCGUUUUGUUACAAGCUUGGUGGUAACCAAUAACUUUUUUAAAGGCUUACUUGAGGGAAUUGAGUCAUUGAUCGAUGUCGGUGGCGGUAACGGGGCCACGGCUAAGGCCAUUUCUGAGGCCUUCCCAUGGUUGAAGUGCAGUGUACUUGAGUUACCACAAGUGGUUGGAGUGUUACAAAAGGAUGGUAGUAACGUCAACUUUGUUUCUGGUGAUAUGUUUGAGGCUAUUCCUCGCACUGAUGCCAUCCUACUUAAGUGGAUAUUGCAUGAUUGGAGUGAUGCUGAUUGCAUAAAGAUAUUGCAACAAUGCAAAGAGGCAAUUCCCAACAAAAAACAAGGAGGUAAAGUGAUUAUAAUUGAUAUAGUUGUGGAUCCUCAAACCGACAAUUACAAAGGCUUUGAUGACGCUCAAUUAUUAUUUGAUAUGGAGAUGAUGUCCGUUACUGAAGGACAAGAACGAACUAAACAAGAAUGGGAGAAUAUAUUCACUGUUGCUGGUUUUAGUGACUAUAGUAUUCUUCCUAUAUCGGGUUUAAGGUCAGCAAUUGUGUUAUAUCCCUGAUUAAUUUAUUAUGUUUACUAUGUUAUUAAAGAUACAUAUGAUGGUUAAUCAGUCUAUUUAUAUGUGUUUUCCACUUGUAUGAAUGUAUUCUUAAGUACCAUCCUAGAUGAAUUGACACAUCUGAUUGUGUAUGGCAAUGUGAGUUAUUAAAUAGUUAAUUGGUCUAUUUAUAUAUAUUCUUCACUUGUACAAAUGUACUCUAAGGGUCAAAUAUCCUACAUGGAUUGAUGACACAUACAUUUGAUUGUUUAUGGCAAUAUGUGUUAUUAUAAA